UUCAUAUGCCCGUAGAGAAAUUGGAUGUGCGUUAUGACACCAUGGUCAUUAAAAAUCUACUGAAGUCGGGGGGCAUCACGAAUUAUGAGCCCUACGUUUUGGAUAAGCUGCUGAUGACCGGUUACGAUUUGAUCAAGGACGAAUUGUUGAAGCGCAAGCACCGUGAGGAUAUAGCGGAGGCCGUCGGAAAUAUUGACGAGCCUUUGUCUUUGGCUGCUGACUUCAAAGAUACAGCCUUUAAUCCUGCCGAUCAUUUCAGAAAUCCGCUGGAGAUCGAGUUGCUUGGCGCGUCGUCAACUGUUCACUCCGAGGAUAUGGAUAAUUCAUUUCUAAGCUCUUCGGCCUUGAUUUCUGUCCAACCUUUGAACGUUCUGAAUGAGAGUGAAGAUCUGGGCACGCCUUCAGAUUCUGACUCCGAGGACACGGAUAGUUCAGGUCCAAGCUCUUCGGACUCGAAUUCUGACGAACUUUCGAGCUCUCCCAAAUCUGAUACGGACACAGAUCAAAGCUCUUCGACCUUGAAUUCUGACGAACUUUCAGGCUCUCCCGAAUCAGAUACGGACACAGAUGCAAGCUCUUCGGCCUUGAAUUCUGACGAACUUUCGGGCUCUUCCGAGUCAGAUACGGACACAGAUCAAAGCUCUUCGACCUUGCAUUCUGACGAACUUUCGGGCUCUUCCGAGUCAGAUACGGACACAGAUGCAAGCUCUUCGGCCUCGAAUUCUGACGAGCUUUCGGGCUCUUCCGAAUCAGAUACGGACACAGAUCAAAGCUCUUCGACCUUGCAUUCUGACGAACUUUCGGGCUCUCCCGAAUCAGAUACGGACACAGAUCCAAGCUCUUCGGCCUUGAAUUCUGACGAACUUUCGGGCUCUUCCGAGUCAGAUACGGACACAGAUCAAAGCUCUUCGACCUUGCAUUCUGACGAACUUUCGGGCUCUUCCGAGUCAGAUACGGACACAGAUCCAAGCCACACAGAAAGCCAGCCAGAAAUACUGGGAGAGCAUGAUGAUUUGACUGAAACCAAGUCGGAGUCUGACUCUUCUUAGCUAAAACCUUAGAUGCCAUCGAUGCAAUUUGACCUUAACAUUGUUUGCCAAUAAAUGCAGGUGGAAGAUAAUCAAUA